AUGUCCCGUCGAUUGAAUGCAAAUGUUCGCAUCGACGUGUACAAGCAAUAUCUUUCGGUUGAAAAUGCGGCGGAGAUUAUCUCGCAUUAUGAUAUCAUCGCCGAUUGCACCGAUAACGUCAGAGCAAAAUAUCUGAUUAAUGAUGCGUGUAUAUUGGCAAAGAAGCCAUUGGUAUCCGGGAGUGUUGUCCGUUGGAUGGGGCAACUCUCAGUGUACGGCUAUGGUGAAGAUUGUCCAUGUUAUCGCUGCGUAUUCCCUCAUCCGCCCAGUGCCGAUGCUGUGACGAGUUGUUCUGAUAGCGGGGUUAUCGGCCCAGUGGUUGGUAUCAUCGGUAGCAUGCAGGCGGCUGAAAUCGUUAAAAUCGCCACAACCGAAAUGAGCUCAUUCGCUGGCACUUUGUUCGUAUACGACGGCUACACUGCUUCAUCGAGAUCGGCGGUGCUACGACGACGUGCAACAGAUUGUAUUGUUUGCGGUGAAAAGCCACUGAUUACGAAGUUGGAGACGUGCUACAUACCGAAUGGAUGUACUGCUACCGCUAAUGAUUGCGAAAAUCAGGUAAUGAUCAGAUUGAAAUUGGACCGAUCGGGUCACCACGAACUUUCCUGUGUGUAG